UUUCUUUUCUUUUCUCGGCGGACUCGACCCUCCCCUUCUGCUCCUGCAGGGGGUCCAAGUUGACCCACAGCCUGGAUCCGCUGCGCUGAUCGAUGGCGAAAGAACUCCCGUCGUCGUCUGGCGGGAUGGCGGGACCUUCGUUGACGUCGUCAAAUCUUCAACACACUCGACCUCGACACCCCGCACGGCCCUUCUAGGCCCAGAAUGUCACCCCGACCUAUCAAGCGUGUCGCUGUCGUGGGCGCCGGCCCCUCUGGUGCGAUAGCCAUUGACGCCCUGGCCAGGGAGCAGGCUUUUGACAUUAUCCGCGUCUUUGAGCGGCGUGAGGCUGCGGGAGGAUGCUGGAUUGGCGACCAUGGACGGCCACCGCCGACAGAGACAGACCUGGCCACGUUGGGAGACCGCACGGCAGACAAGCCCAUCCAGAUUCCAUCACAUCUCCCUGCGUUUGCGCCAAGGACCCAGCAGGAUCGCUAUACAGAGUCGUCCAUCUAUCCUUAUCUAGAGACCAAUGUCGACGAAUUGACGAUGCGGUUCACCGAGGAGCCAUUCCCGGAUGAAAAGAGCGAGCGCUCCAUUGAUCUCUAUGGGCCGGACACACCAUUCCGACACUGGAAAGUGGUUCGGGAUUAUGUGCAGUCACUCGUGCAGCGUCGUGGUUAUGAGGAUUACGUCUCGUACAAUACGACGGUGGAGCGCGCCGAGAAGAUUGGCCAUGAGUGGAAGGUGACUUUACGCAAGGGCGGCCAGGAACGAGAUUAUUUCUGGGUGGAAUGGUUCGAUGCAGUGGUGGUGGCCUCCGGUCACUACGCCGUGCCAUACAUCCCGACGAUACCAGGCCUCGAGGACACAGAGAGGAGCCGACCUGGCACAGUCGUCCACAGCAAGCACUUUCGAGGGCGAGACAUGUACGAGAACAAGCGCGUCGUUAUUGUGGGAGUCUCCGUCUCCGCAGCUGAUAUUGCCUUUGACCUGACGACAGUAGCCAAGAGUCCAGUCCAUGCUGUUGUCAUAGGCCAUACAGCCAACGCCUACUUUGGAGACGUAGCAUUCGAUCAUCCGCGGAUCCAGCGUCAUCACUCAAUCACACGAGUCGACGGGAAGACGGUGUAUUUCAGUGACGAUACGUCUAUCACCGACGUUGAUCACAUCAUCUUCGGAACGGGGUACACCUGGACCUUACCAUUCCUGCCGCAGGUGCCCAUCCGCAAAAACCGCGUACCAGAUCUGUACCAGCAUGUUGUGUGGCGACACGACCCAACUCUGCUGUUUGUCGGUGCCGUCAAUGCCGGGCUCACCUUUAAGAUCUUUGAGUGGCAAGCUGUCUACGCCGCGAGACUCCUGAGUGGGCGCGGCAAGCUACCACCCGUCAGUGAACAAGCCAAGUGGGAGGAAGACCGCAUCAAGGCACGAGGCGACGGCCCAAAGUUCGCUGUGAUCCAUCCCGAUUUUGAGGCGUACUUUAAUCAACUGAGGGAGCUUGCUGGGGACGGCGAUGGCGUGGGCAGGAAGCUGCCGCCUUUCGAUCGAAGGUGGUUCAGGCAGUUUAUGGAAACCCAUGAAAGCAGGAAACGCAUGUGGCGUCGCAUCAUCGCCGCAGAGCGGCGAGAGCUAGAGGAGAGCAAAGCUUCCAGUAACACGAAAGCACGUCUGUAGUAUAGGAGUUGCUCGAGGCACUGGUAGGCUUACCAAUAGGGGCUCUCGGGGCGAUAUAUAGAAAGAUGGCGGGACAU